UAACUGGAGCUUCUCCAAACACUAAAGUCCAUCAUCACAAUUCACACCAAGCUUGUACUAUCUUUCCUCUACUCCUUAACAAGGGCAUUUUCUUCUUAGAGAACUGCGAGAAUUGUAUUUUCCUUUCUUGUAACUUUCUUGAUACCCCUGUACACCUUUUAUUCACUUCUUUAUUCUUCUUCUACUUUUCCUUACCAUCUAUUCUAAUCCUUUCCUUCCAUUGUUUUACCCCGCCUACUUUUUCAUCAACCCACAUGCUAAUUCUGGAGUCUACCAACAGCCGCCGAGCCUUCUCGCGCGAACGCCUCAAGCUUUGUCUGGAGCUCCACGAUUAUCCCCCUUUCCGACCGUGUCAGCUAGUUCCAGGUACAGAUGGAUCAAGAUACGAGAUCAUCCGAGCCGCGAGAACGUGCAAUCUCCUCUGAGCCUUGCUCAACUCGUCCCAACCCUUUCGACGACAGUGAUAUCUCUGCCCGAAAACGUCGUAGGACCUCUCUUUCUGGCUCUAGAAGCGCGUCUGUUGAUACUAUUCUAUCUCGGGACGAUCUCGCGACCGCGUCCGACUCCAAUAUCAUGAAGGUUGACACACCAGAGCCUCUGCCACCAAGCACACCACCUCGCGCAGAGCACACCACAGAGCCCACUACAGAACCUGUAUCGAGCAGGGUCACUAUUAACUUAAGGAACGUUGAUAGCCUUGAAACUACUCCCCCCUCCCCACCUUCUCCCACACCUACACGCCUCAGAAAGGAUAUUAUAAAGGUCAGCGUGGAAGAGCCAGAAGUAAACAUGAUGCAAGAAGCAUUAGCUGAAGAUACAUCAUCUUCUGCAUCCGAAAUCGAUAGCCCCGAAGCACCUACAGUAUCCUUUGACGACGAUCUAAUAUUCUGUGGCGCGCAACCCAAUGUGACGUUACUGGCAGAUGGCAGAGCAGCGCAGUUCAGUACUGCCAUGCUCGAGUUUCCCUACCACACUGAUGGGGAGACAUAUCAAGAGACGGUCCAUCGCCUUGCAGAUUACUUUCGGCAACAAGCUGUGCAUGUCGAUGAGGCCUUGCAGUCUUUACUUUCGUGGCUGAAUAGGUACAUAGAUUGUGCCCAUAUUGAGUUGUACCCCAUGGUUAUGGAGGCAUACCAGGAAAAUAAACAGUUCUGGCAGGCUCUUCCUGACCUUUUUUACACCAUAGCUCAUAGAUAUGGUCUAUCAAAGUCAAUCCAGACUCGAGAGAUUGUCGGCCAGUUAUUAGUGCAGAUCGCAAGGCUAUCCGCAUUCCUGUUUGCAAUUGACUGUCGAACACUCACGCAGGCCACAGGCCCAGAAGAUGCCGAGUACGACUUGGUAUCACCAAGUUUCCUUCGAUUACUUGGAUCCGUGAAUAUGAAAGAUGACGACCAACUAGCUAACGGCUUUGUCUAUCCGAAUAACCUGGGAUUAUUGGAUUCUCUCCAUAUAUUCCAGGCAAGCAGUGCCGAUUUACUCGGUCAAUUGAACCGCUUCACUGAAUCCAUUACCGCCAAUGUGCUCCAGUCCCCAAAGAAAGUAAUGGACGGUCUUGUCGGAGUCUCUUGGCUCAUGGACAGCCUCGUACGCGACAGUUAUAAGAAGCACGUCUUUCCCGGAGAUAUCGAGCCAGAACUCCUUAACCGCUCGAGAAAGAAUUUGGAUUAUGGUACAAGUUACUUUAGAAUUGUUUCGGAUGCUAUUGAUCUUGUGGUUGAUAAGUCCAUCAACAACCUAGGUUCCGAAACUGCCGCAACUCUCAUCUCUACUCUGGCGAGCAUUCUCAAAUAUAGUCUGCUGAGCGGGACUCCAGAAGCCCAAAACCUCAUAGAUCGUCAUCGCCGUCAGCAACCUGAUAUCCUUGAUUCAUUCAGACCCGAAGCAAUUUCCAUAGAAUGGCGAAUGCGUGUAUACUGUAAACUGGUAAGAUCACGCCAGAUGCAACUCAGAGUUACAGCAGCCGCAGCCUUGUGCGAAGAUCUAGUUUGUCAGUGGCGAACAUAUAUCGAUCGCCAUGAAAGCGGAGAAGACAACCCAUACAUAGUUUACCUGCGAUACUUGUCUAAUUAUCUAGUCGAUACUGAGAUAGUUGACUAUCUCCUUGGGCCAACAUGCCAUCCCGAGAUUACUCAAGCAAGCUUUAAUAUCGUGGGAUUCUUAGCCGUCACCAAGACUUACAAACCAGCGCAGACAGACCUCCUCUGGCAAACUUUGACCUCCACACAGGACCCUCGAAUAUCUGACGCUAUAGUUCGUAUGAUGUCUAAAGUCGUCGGCUUACUGGAUCUUGAAAGCUUGGGUUACAUGUGUGAAAAGUACUCCGCCCUACCGAUCGAAUCUUUCUCUUCUUGCAUGCGGGAAUUUUUCGAUCACGUUACUAAGCAAAUGCUCGAGAAGAUGUCGCCAUACAAUUGCAUACCUCUUUCCCCUUACUCGAUAUGCGUUCGGCUAGUACAGGAGUCUUCCAUCUAUGGCCCACAGGGCUCUGUACUAUAUCCAGAGGUUUACCACUUUGCUAUGUCAAAGUUUUCCUCUCUUUUGAUGGGAGGACCGGACGACGAAGGGCGUCAGAUCAUGUGGAUGAAUUGUGUGCAAGAUAUUGCCGCCAGGUCACGAUCAACGACUGGCAGUCUCCAAGUCCUUUAUACGCUAAUGAGCAAUCCACAAGGCUUACUUAUGUUGAUAUCUCAACACAACUUGACGCAGCUCCUCGUUGACGAACUCGAAACCACGAUUGCUAAUGCAAAGGCAGUUGGAUUUACGCCCGUCUACGCCCACGCGAUUGGUGUUGCUCGUCGAAAAUUUUGGUCUACAAUCAUCGUAAACCAUGGUUCCACUAUUGACGCAGAGCUUGGUCAGCGUCUCUGGGAUCUUCUGGUUGGAAAUGGUGCUGCAUGCCAAGAUGAUAGAAAAGUUGCUUGGGACGAUUUGAACACGGCUCUGAAGAGGACAGGGCGAGGGGACAAUCCGUUUCUCAAGGCUUGUUUGCGAGAAUACUUGCCCAAAUUACCACCUCCAUGCUAUUGUGGGGGCUCGCUCGCAUUUGUCCGGGAGGUUAUUAUUCCCCUCGCAAACGACAUUAAUGGGAUCAAUCUAGAUGACGACGUUGGCCUGAAAUCGGUAGGGAUAGAAUUAAUUUGGCAGAUGAUUCUCACAGCCCCGAGCCACACCAUCGAAGAAGCGGCCAUUUCAACGCUGGUUGACGACAUAUAUGUCGAUAGCAAGUCAAUUAUGUCUUAUCCUCUCCAUCGCGCACGGCGGGUCCAUUUCGCUCUUGUCCAGCGGUGCCUUCAGCAACUCAAAUCUGCCGCACAGAGUUUGACGUCUUUUGGGGAAAGUGCGCCAAGUGAUGACAGCCAGUCAUUGGAUGCGGACAGCCAACGGGAACUCGAAGAGUUACAAUUCACGAGAUCUCUACAGGUAUUGAUAGCGCUUCUUAAGGCAUUGCAGACAAGGGUGCAUUUUGCGGCACCCGACUUGCGAUCUCUGAUGCUACAGGCCCCUAGCCCGGUUGACGGUGAUCUUGCGGACCUGAAAUAUCAAUCUUUUAAUGGUGACGACCAGACAGAUAUAAGGCCGCUCAAUAUUGGACUCAAGAACACUGCCGCAUCGCUUCUUGCUAGCUUGCGUGAAGCAACUGGCUUUGACAACUACCGACUGUACUAUCGUGGGCAACCUCUAGCGCCGUCGGAAACUGAUAUCUGUAGGUCUAUCGGAGAUCUCGACAUCAAGAAUGGAUUGAUCCUUGUGAGAAGAGAAUCUGGUAUUGGGAAUACUCCCAAGCGUAUCAAGCCAGGCGCAUCGCCACUCGAUAUCGAGAUUUUGAGUCAUUUUAAGGACCUUUGGGAGUACUUAAGCAUGGAGGAGAAGUUGGCGCGGGAGAUCUACCAAUUUCUAGUGUCACUCCCAGCGGACGAUUCGAUCUUGACGGCGUUUGAGGAUCCCGCAACGUCGUACCGAGACUUUUUCCCGCUUGGCCAACCUUUCAAAUCGCUAUAUGCCCUACAUGCGCUCCGCGAAUACCUUAGUACCCGACGACUAAAGAGCAGUGUGAUGCAGGUGUCUUCGCUGGAUCGUGAGGUUCAAGUGAAGACUACCAACGAUCAACAAGAAGCUCUAGACAGGGCAAUAUCCUUGAUCGUGGCAGCAAUUUGUGACCCUGAAGUUGUCGAGCGAGGCUCGAGCGAAGCUCUGAAACUCAAACUUAGCCUUGAACUUGUGGACAACUUUCUUCAACUAUUAAAAGAAACUACAGAUAUGGAGGCUGUGAUGCCACUCUUAAACCUGGACUUCCAGAGUCGACUAUUUCUGAUACUUACCGGCGCGGCAGCAGCUCAGACAGACCAACUCAGUAUCGAACUAAUUAAUCGAGCCUUUGAGGCCUUGCUCGAGUCUUGUUCCAAGAGCAACACAUUCUGGUUGGGAGUCAGGGGUCAAACAGGGGUACAGAAACUGGUUCAACGGCUCCUUCUCGACGACCAACGCCCCAUAGUGAGGAAGAAUAUUGCUAGGCUAAUCACCUUUAAGUGCCUUAGCGAUAAUGCUCAACCCGGUGCACGAGCAUUGGACUUUGCCGAGUUGUUUUGGCCUAUUGUAUUCCAUCUUAUUCCUCGAGCUGUUUCGGAACCGAGCAAAUGCGAAGAGACGUUUAACCUCUCCUUCCAGUUACUUCAUAAACUAAGCAACGAGAAUUCCGCCGCGGUCAACUUGCAAGCUUGCAUCAGCCAAUGUGGACAGCUUCUGCUGUCCUACACAACUACAGAGGACAUCGCUCACCCGAGUAGGGAUAUUGUAGCACAUGGGCUGAUUACGAUUCUGAGUAUUGCAAUUACGGAUGCAAAGGCGAGAAACGAGCCAAUUCAGAUUCCUCCACAUUUUGUGUCGAGAUUGUUCUCACAGCAUCUCUUCCCACCUGAUAAUGAGGAUGAAGCGCUGGUGCCAAAAGUGAUGCUCAACACCUCGUCACGAACUAUGCUUUAUGAUAUCAUAUUCACCCUGGUGAAAGACGAUGCAUCACUUUCCAUCCCCCUGCUUAACAGUCUGGACAUGCUCACAGAGCACCGUGCCACUUCUGGUACGGAAGUGUACAAGUAUGACCUUCCACAAGCUUUCGAGAGAUCAAACGCUAUUAGAUCAUCUUGCGGAUACGCCGGACUACGAAAUCUGUCGAAUACCUGCUACCUGAAUUCUCUCUUCACACAGUUAUUCAUGAACGUUGGAUUUCGCCGCUUCAUGCUCGAGAGACCAGUACCAAACCGGAAUGCUCAUAAGUUGCUCCACGAGACUCAAUUAUUAUUCGCAUACCUACAAGAUAGUCGAAGACGUUAUGUGGAGCCGAGUGACUGUGUAAAUCAAAUAAUGACCUAUGAGGAAACGCCCAUCGAUAUCCACAAUCAGAUGGAUGUAGACGAGUUCUAUAGCCUUCUUUUUGAUAGGUGGGAGUCGCAUCUACUCACGGAAGCCGAUAAGAAGAUUUUGAGGUCAUUUUUCGGGGGCCAGUUGGUUCAACAAGUGAAGUCUAAGGAGUGCCCACACAUCUCAGAGCGCAUCGAACCCUUCUGCGCAAUCCAAUGCGACAUCAAGGGCAAAUCCAGCCUCGAGGAAAGCCUUCAAGCCUACGUGGAUGGCGAGAUUAUGGAAGGAGACAACAAAUACAAGUGUUCGGAUUGCGACCGGCAUGUAGAUGCGGUCAAAAGAGCAUGUCUGAAAGACAUUCCCGAUAACCUCAUCUUUCACCUCAAGAGGUUUGACUUCAACCUGAGGACUCUCACACGCAGCAAGAUCAAUGACUAUUUUCCGUUCCCUACCAAACUUGACAUGCAGCCGUAUACCAUCGAGCAUCUAAGUGAUCCUUCUCAGAACACGAAACCGGACAUGUUCGAACUGGUUGGAAUCCUCGUACAUUCUGGUACGGCCGAGUCCGGCCACUACUAUUCGUAUGCUCGAGAACGACCUACGACGAGCGAAAGGCCGUCAUGGAUUGAGUUUAACGACGAGGUGGUCAGCGCGUGGGACUCCUCGCAAAUGGAGAAUGCUUGUUUCGGGGGAUCGGAUCUUCGACCCCAAUUUGAAGCCGGUACCACGUAUGAGAAGGUUUACAGUGCCUACAUGCUAUUCUACCAGCGAUCUUCCUCGCUGCAGAAGGAGCAAGAUAUGCUGAAGGCCUCGGGCCAAACUGGUCCUUUACGAGUGGAACUUGACAGAAGCCUCGAAUCAAUAGUCAGGAAAGAUAACUGGUCCAUCGUUCAGCGUCAUUGCCUCUAUGAUCCAGCGCACAUGCCUUUUGUGUACGGAGUGCUCGUGCAAACGUGGGGUGCUAAGUGCUCCAAGGACCACAUCAGAGAAGGCCUAGCAAUGCAAAUUGCACUUGGCCAUUUGGACCAGAUUGCAUCUCGAGCUAAGGAUCUUCCGGAUUUUGACCAGCUCAAGACCCUCGUGGUGAAGGUCUGCCAACGAUGUCCGUUAUGUUGUUACUCGUUCUUUGACUACUUUGCACGUCACAAAGAAGCUCUGCGCAUGCUCCUGCAGAGGAACUCGGACCUAGCAGUCCGCCACGAUAUAGGAAGACUUUUCAUACACGCUAUUUCUGUCAUCAAAAAAAGCUUCCCAGGACAAUAUGGCCCGUAUGACGAUGACAGCAAUACAAUGACAGGCUCAGUAACAAGCUCGAAAGAUCGGAGACCCCUUGUCAUGAAUUCAGUAUUGGAUCUAUUUCUGCAUCUUUGGGAAAACUUCCACACACGCCUCAAUGCCUGGCCUGAAUGCUUUGGAACCAUGCUUGAAUUCGCUCGGAUGGGGCGUCAUGAGGCUCUCAUGUUCCUAGAUAAGGACUUUCUGUACAAGCUUCUCAUGGUAAUCACGGUUGAUCAAUCCUUUGAUUUGUCGACUCAAUUUUCACGACUCCUUAGUUCAAUAUCAAGGCGUACGACAAGACCACCAAAUUACGAGAGCAUCAUUGCCUUGAUCGAUGAAAUCUUAGCCGUCAUCGACCCAGUAAUAGGCCAGGCUCACUUCCUUGAGAAUGCAUGCGGCCGAUUGUCGAUGGCGUUACAACAGGAGCCAGUUCCAUUCACAGCCCAGGAAGUAAAUCUAAUUCACAAGGACUGGGGUAGGAAUCAAGGAAACGUCUUUGCGGAUAAGCUCAUCAUGCUCAACCAAAACCACAUUGCCACCGAUUCCAUAAUCCAGCGCCUUAUUGCCUUCAGUCACAUGUUAGACUAUAAGAUAUAUGUGACGCUACGGCUCGGAAUCACUGGGGAGCUGACUUCUAAUAUUGUUUCGCCAUAUCUGCGUGCUGCAGUGACAUAUUGUCGCCACAGUAUCAGUCCCGACAACGUCCACCGCCUAAUCAACCAUGUUAGUAAUCAAUGCAAGAGCCUGCAAAACGCGGAAGGAAGGUCCUUUUUCGAGUUCCAGAGAGACGUCUACGAUGGAACACGGAACACGGGUGAGACGAGCUACAGUAUUCAGCUGCAAAGUUUGGAGAAUAUCCCAAAAUGGGCUCCAGGAUUGUUAGGAUACAUUGACCAUACGGUCAGUGAUGAUGUGGAUAACUUCUUGCAAGGAAAGCUAUUUAGGUAUGGUCCUUCGCCAGCUCUCGGUGAUAGUGUUGGUGACCUUGAACUAUCGCACACGGUAAACUCAACAGCCAAGCGUCUCGCAGUCAGUUGUCUUGAAUAUCUACGGGAUACAUAUGUUUCUCGUGGAGCGCAAGCAGCCCGAUAUACGGUCACUCCUUUGAACCGAGUCAUAAAGAAAUGUGAAGCAUAUUUCGGACUGGACGAGGAGAUGGAAGAUGAUCUUGAAGGGCAAUACUUGGAACUCUGCCAAGCGGUCCUGGAACCGAUGGAUAGACUCACGGUCGACGAAAUAGAAGAGGAUGGUUCCGAUUGGGAACAGUCAGUGGGCUCCUCGGAGCAAAUGGACAGCUUUGCAGAUGCCGGCAUACAAUUUGACCGUUCACGGUCCGGCUGAGUUGUACGAGGAGGCUUUGAAAGGUAGUGUGCAAAGGCCUACCCGCGGCUGCCCAACAGCAUUGGGUUUGAUGAUGGGGAUGAAUCAAGAUGACGAUGGUAUUAAUCACGACUGAUAGUGGUAGACUUUAUGAUAGGCCGGCCGGAUAGACGGAUAGGCAAACUAAGGGUCAAUGCAUAGUACUGGCGUGCUGGGCGUCUCAAGGAAGGGAUGAAUGAUAUUUGAUAGUUGUUCCGCUGAACUGGAACUGGAAUGAGUGGUCUAGUUUUACUAAACCAAUCUAUCUAAUUGUACGAAUAAAGUUUUAUUCCACACAAGUUUUCGUAAUGUUGGUUUCCUCUAGGUGCCCAGCAAAGGUGUAAAGAUGGCGGGUAGAAGGAACUAAUAAAACGACAGAUCACCAUUUGUUUCCUGUAUAGAUGAAGUCACAAAGAAUGACAUUUCCUACUUGAUGGAAU